GAGAGCGAGAGCGCUCUCAGCGGCAACGUCGCAAACAGACACACGCACACACACACACACACACGCACACACAAACACAAAGAAACAGAAUAACGACAACAAAACUGACCAUACGAGUGUAAACAAACGCGCACGUGUACUCAUUCGCUCACUCACUCACACAGCCGUACGAACACACACAUGCAUACGCACGGAGCCGCCGCGCUCAGGAGAAAAUACUCGUGCCACGGAAAUUCGCCGCGCUAAAAUCAAAAUUCGCUCACGAUUUCUGCGCUCGCUGAGUCGCGGUAGUUUGUCGCCAGACGCUUGCUGUUUAGGUUCGCAGGACACUGGUGGACGGCAUAGCGGUCAUAUCCUUUCGACAGCCGGUCACUCAACACGGUGUGCGUUGUCGCGGCUAAUUUUCGCGAUUUCGUUUGACAUUCUCAGCUAUCUACAUAAUAUCGAAAUAUUUGCCAGUGUGGAAAAUAAUUAAGCUGGUAAACAGUGUUGUGCUUCCAUUUUUUGAAAAUAUAAAUACAAUAUUAUAUAAAUUUAAAAUAAAAACAAAAGGGAUUCUUAGUAAUAAUAUAAACCAAAUCACACUUCCUAACGAAUUAAUUAAUAAUACAUAAUAGACAAGGCAAAACUUUAGUAAGAUUCGCGCAGUGUGUUUACGCGAAAAAUAAUAUUCAUUUUAUAAAUCGCCGAGUGCAGUCGGUCGAUUUCAUAAACAUUUUUUCGCUAAGGUGCUCAAAAAAGAAGCCAAACUGUUUGAUAACGGCUUGAAGUUGGAUAUUUCCAGCUAUUCCCACAUGAACAUACGCAUGGGCACAAAGGGCAAGCGACCGUUGCGUAGCUUGACCCCCAGGGACAAAAUUCAUGCGAUUCAACGUAUCCACGAUGGUGAAUCCAAAGCUUCGGUGGCCAGGGAUAUAGGUGUACCCGAAUCGACUCUACGUGGUUGGUGCAAGAAUGAGGACAAGCUACGUUUUAUGUCCCGCCAAUCAGCAGCUGACAAGAUGUGCGCUGAUUCGUUAGUGGAUAAAUUAGAUGGUACUGCGGGUAUAUUAGGGCCACCUGAGAAGCGCCAACGAUUAGACAACACCCUGCCUCUAAAUUUUUCCAAUAAAAUGAACUUUGAUGAACUUGCCUUCAAGCGAUCGCCUCUUACUGGUUUGGACUACAGUACAAAUAAAAGUCUAUCAGACAUGAGCUACAACGGAUUACCAGUUGAUUAUGUGGGCUUUAACGGAGCGAUCAAAAACAAAGUUUUUGGUGCAGAUAUAUCCCGGUCUGGUCCUGCUGAUCCAUCGUUAAAUGCCAUAAGCCCUCUUUCGAGUCUCACACAUCUAUCAGGUCUCACCGGCAUAUCUCAGUCUCCGCUAGCUAUCAGCUUUAACGAGCUGACCUCAAAUCUAAAUCUGCUGGCUCAGCUUAACCCCGGCUUAGCAGCUAUGUCAGGAUUAAAUAACUUUGCAGCAACAGCUAACACAUUGCGUAAUACAACAAAAACUAAUGGUCAGUCACAGCCACAACUACAGAGUCCGAGAAGUGAAAACGGGGAUCGAGACCGGACUCCAGCGCUGUCCGUCAAGAAUUGGGCAAAACAAAAGCCGUCUGGUCCUACCUCAAACACCGGAGACUGUGACAUAAAAAGCGGAAACAUAAAGAGUCCGAGUCCAUCGCUUGCGCCUUCACUGGUUGGUUGUGUUGCGCCGCUGUCAGGUCUACCUGACGAUCCUCUGCUCUACUGGCUUAAAUCCCAGCAGGCAAUGCUGGGACUAAACAGUCUGUACCCACCUCCCGUGGCAUUGGGUGUUACAAGCCCACCAAUACGCUCCUCAACCCCACAACAGCUAAAUCAAUAUUCCAACACUCCCCCCGUAUCUUCCGCACCAUUGGCUCCAUCAUCACCGGCGGCUAGAGGUUUAGAUGACAAGAAUUCGGCGUGGUAUAACUGGUGCAAAGCAUUUGGAGCCAGUCUGCACUCACUCAAUCCGAAUGCAGCUACAUUGGCAGCGCUUCAGGCAACUUCCAUACAGCAUCAAGCUUCAUCGACUACCGCAGAGGCCACGAAUAUAGAAGAUGUCGUUAAACAGCCGUACGAAAACAUUCUAUAUUCCCAGUUAACAAAAGAGACUGGAUCGUCAUCGGCUCGAAGCCUGUCGUCUAAUGAACAGAACCAAACUGAACAAAAUGAUUUGGCCACAGACCAAGUGGUAGACCCUGAUGUAGAAAGCAACGGAAAACCUGAGGAUUUGUCGGCUAAAUCGGUGAAAUCAACAAGCUCUACCCCUUGUCCGACCAUGGCAUCUCCGAAUCUCGUUAUUAGCAGCCGUGAUCAUAGUCCGGAGCUGUGCACUGCGGUAAGCAGUCGAUCGCCGUCAAAUCCAGGUAGCACAGAGUUAAACAGCACCUCAUGCAGCGCUGGUGAAGAUUGCAAAAAUGUUCUCAGCAAUAUACUGUAUAAAAUUGGAAGUAUCAAUGUGGAUGCGUCAGAAAACGCCACUACGCCUGUAAGUCCGGAAUUGGGCUGUGAGUCAGAGGCAAGUUUCACCAGUGAUACCCAUCCCCACAAUAAUAAUGAUGUCAGUGCCAGUAACAACAACAAUAACUCCAAUAAAACAGACGAGGAAGAGCGGGGCAAGUGCGUGGACUAUGCGACCGACAUUGAAGAAGUAGAGGCCAUAAGACACGGCGAAAAGUUCCUACAGUGGCUGGAAAACUGUAGUAAUCCACGCGUUACAGCCGUUCAACUGAUGCAACUUAGAUUCCUGAUUGCAGCUAUCAAGUCAAACAGUGAUACACAAGCGGUUACUAGACCCGCUGUCACUUGCUCUGAUGAAAAUGAAGACAAUUCUCAUGAGGAUGCAAGUAGAAACAAAAGUCGUCGCCGUAAAUAGGACAAACCGAAGUUGGCACCUCUGGAGCCAGCCACGGAUAUUGUUGAAACUGCGAAGGAGCACAAGAAUGAAAUGAUCGAUAUAGAUACCAAAGGGCAUGGCCCAGACUUGGGCUGGAAGCAAUCGAAGCUAGACCCAAGCUGUGCCAGCGGUAUUGAAUCGCCAUUGUCCCUCCUUACAAGAUGCCAGCAGUUUUCCCCAGCUAUUUACCAAUCGUCAGCAACUCUGCUCAGCUCGCUGAUGUUUCCGCCAUACGAAUUUGUACACUGUGACCUCGAUAAUGACCCAGAUGACUGCCAAAUAACGGGCGAGUACCAACAGCCCGAUGAACUCAGUUCGAGUAGUGACGAAAAUGUACAGAAUGACUUAGAAUAAAUGAUUUCUUCCAAUCUCUAUUAUAUCAAUGUAUAUGUAUGUUCAAAUUAUAGAGUACACCGAUCCUGAGCCAAAACUCACAUUUAUAUUGUGAAUUUUACCAUUUUUUAUUAGAUAAGAGUAAAAUGUUUUGUUUACAUUUACAAUUUGUAAUGUCUGUCUAAAUCCCCUUUAAUUUAUAAUACCUUAAUGAUAAGUAAGAUAAACCAUUUGUAAAAAAAAAAUUAAUAUUUUUUCAAUUGGAACACGUUUGAUCUUUUUUAUUUAAUGUUUUUAUCAAACUAGAAAAUGUUUAAUUCAUUCAGCUUUUUAGUUGCAUAUCUUAAGCUAAUAAAAACAUAAUGUGGAGACAGUCAAUCAUGUGGAUUUGAUACUAUUAGUUACUUUUAUUAUUAUAACAAAUACUCAUGCAAAUACUGAAUGAAAAUAUGUGCUAAUAAGAAUUUUAUCAAUUUGAAAUUCGUAAAAUAUUUAAAUAAACUGAAUUUAUAUAUGUAGAAGUUUUAAUUUUAAAACCUUGUUUAAUAAAACAUUCGAAUUAGACAAUUUUUAUAAAA